CCCUCACCGACAAGCGACGGCUGAGUCGUUUGCUUCUGUUUCACUCACUCCCCCUUCAAAUUCGCCGAUCUAAACUCUCUUUCCUGUUCUCCUAUCUUCUUCUUCCCCCAAUUCCCUCGCCAUGGAUUUCGCUUUUCAAACCAGCAUUAUCCUUCUAAUCUCCCUUCUGCUAUCCUUCUCUUUGACGACAAUCGACGCCUCCUUCCACAUCUACCGGAAUCAACUCUUCACCGAAGUCGGCAGUUCCUACCUCCUCUCCGGCGGCAGCGAGGGCCUCUCCGCCUCAAGCUCCGACGGCAACUCUUUCAUCCGAUUUGAGAAUAUCACUUUCUGGAGGACUAAGGCUGCGGCAAAGCAGUAUUCACGGAAGGCGCAAAAUACUGGGUUGAUACAAGCAGUGAUUUUUGAGGCUGCAGAUCGGAACAAUAUUGGUGGUUCAGCAUAUGGUGGGCAGAGAUCAAUAUGUUGCACCCCUGAUCUUGCUAAGCUGGAAGGUUGCAAGCAAGGUGAAGUCAUUAGGAUACCUUCUGCGACAGAUAAUAACUGGCCAAUUGUUUUGAAGGUAUACUUCAGUGGGAGAUCGUUAGUUUCAAGCAUGGAUAUGAAGGAAGUUCCAAUCACGAGGACUGGAAUGUAUAAUCUGUUCUUUAUUGCAUGUGAUCCAAAACUCAAAGGACUAGUAAUGAGUGGGAAAACAGUGUGGAAGAAUCCUGAAGGUUAUUUGCCUGGGAGGAUGGCUCCAUUAAUGAAGUUUUAUGUGUUCAUGUCACUUGCAUAUUUGUUACUGAGCGUCAUUUGGUCUGUGCAGUGCAUGAGGUUUUGGAAUGAUGUACUGCAACUCCAGCACUGCAUCACUGCUGUUAUUGGACUGGGUUUGUUUGAAAUGAUAUUAUGGUACUUUGACUUUGCAAAUUUUAACAAUACAGGAAUGAGGCCAGUUGUGAUUACAACUUGGGUUGUGACUGUAGGAGCUAUAGGAAAAACAGUUUCUAGACUUCUUAUACUUUCAGUGUCAAUGGGUUAUGGUGUUGUAAGGCCAACUCUUGGUGGCCUUACCUCAAAGGUGCUUCUUCUUGGAGUAACUUAUUUCUUGGCAUCUGAAUUACUGGAUAUUACUGAAUAUGUUGGCACCAUCAAUGACAUAUCAGGGAGAGCCAGACUCUUUCUAGUCCUUCCUGAUGCAUUUAUAGAUGCAUUCUUGAUUUUGUGGAUUUUUACAUCUCUUUCAAAGACACUGGAUCAGCUACAGGCAAAGAGGAUAUCAGUAAAGUUGGAUAUAUAUAGGAAAUUUUCGAAUGCUUUGGCCGUGACAGUGAUUGCUUCUGUGGCAUGGAUAACUUAUGAGGUGUAUUUCAAAGCAACAGAUCCAUUCAACGAAAGGUGGCAGAGUGCUUGGAUCAUCACAGCUUUCUGGGACAUUCUUUCGUUUGUAUUACUCUGUGUUAUCUGCUAUCUCUGGGCCCCAUCUUCAAGCUCUCAACGCUAUGCAUACUCAGAAGAAGCAGGAGAAGAAUUUGAUGAGGAAGAGGCUCAAUCUCUAACCAGGGGACAAUCAGAUGGGGAUGUUAGUUUGACCAAGCUGGAGAAGCAUGUUGGAGGUGCUGGUAUUUCUGAUCAUGAAGACGAGACAGAGGAUAAGAGGGAGUAAUAGCUUGGAGACACAUGUUAAUCAAACUUUCAUAGUAGAACCAGAAAAUCUUAAUUGGUGCUCCUGGAGAGAUGAGACUGCUCUUCCUGAAGUUUAUCUUGUGAUUGACGAUCAGGCUUUCCAGCUUGUGUGACCAGACAACAAACCAUCAAAUAUUGAUCUUGGUAAUAUCUCCUGAAAGAAGACCUCAUGGUUGUUGUCUUUUGUCCAUGGUAAUUUGUAUUCUUUAACUGUACAUGAGAAGUGAGAAGGAUUACUUUGAUCAAGUGCUUCUCAAAGAGGGUAAACAAGGAGGCGUGGCUGCAAUCUCUUAUCCAAAUGAAGGAGAUUAGACAAUAUAGCUACAAUCAACUUGUUUCUUCUUUUUUGUAAUAUAUGUUAAUUGCUUGCAUUUGUCUGAUGUUACUUUACAUUUACAUUUGCAUGAUAUGAUUUGAUAGAGAUGGGAUAACUCACAGUUUUUGACAAGUUAUUUGGUUUGUUAUCCUUUACUGAUUAUAAAUAAUUUUCCAAUUU